AUGGCCGCGGCCGAAGAGGAAGGGAAGACUGGAUUAAAUCGUUUCGAAGCCCUUGAACAAUCCAUUGAACAGUUUAUUGAAUCCACAAGACAAAUUGGGAUUAUUGUGAGUGAUUUUCAGCCUGGCAGUCAGGGUGUGCUUAACCAGAAAAUGUAAGAAAUAGGAGAACAUAUUUUGUGUAUAGUGUUGUCUACUUGUCUAGUUUAUAUAAACAAUAGAUUUCGCCGUUGUCUGUUCAGAGGAAGAACAAAAAAGUGGAGCACGAGCCGCCGAGGCGAGUGGGUUGACAUAUUGUCAUACUGUGUGUCUAUAAGGGGGCAAGGGGCCGUGUCCAUAGAGAUUUAGGGAGAUUAUAAAUAACACUAGAGGAGGCAUUGUAAUCUUAAUUCAGUAAAAAAAGGGAACGCGACUAUUGGGGGGCAAAUUCAUGUCCCGGAUGUGUAUUUGUGUUCCCAUUGGUGACGAGUUUCAAAUCAGCCAAUGAGAGCACGAUUUUAUAUCCGGGACUUGAAUCCCCCCCCCCCCCCCCCCCCCCCCCCCUAGCUGCGUUCCCAAUUUUUAAACUCGAUACCUCCUCUAGUGUUAUUUAUGAUCUCCAUGGCCACGUUCAUGUUGAUGUUGCCACAAAUAAUGUCGAAUCGACGUUAUUACUUCACCCACCCAUCCUCUCCAGAUAAUGUCGAUUCGACGGUAUUUGUGGCAACAUGAAUAUGGACAUGGCCCCUAACUGGACAGGCAACGGUUAAUCUUUUCUAUUUGUUUGUGAAUAAAUUUCAUCCUAUGCAGCAAUGAAAUUUCAAGUAAUUUGGCGAUGCUUAUUUUAACAGCAAUGCCAUUGUGGAAAGUCUGAAAGAAAUUGAAAAAUGUAAAGAUAAUUUUCAUAAUGUUGAAGUUCCAAUGGACGUUUUCUCGUAAGUUGAGAAAUCCUUAAACUUUCAAAAAUGUAUCUGAAUUUCCCUUGUACUGGCGUGCACAAUGUAAUUGUUCCUGUUUCCCACCUAGGUAUAUUGAUGAAGGGAAGAAUCCCCAAUUGUACACAAAGGAUUGUUUAGAAAAAGCUUUGGCUCAGAAUAAGGAAGUUAAAGGGAAAAUUGAUGCUUAUCAG